CUUUCAUUGAGGCUGAACUCGAUGGCCAGUGGUAGUGGCGGCUUCAGGUGAACACAAUUUGUCCACUGAGAUCUGAGAGAUCUUAUUGGCUUUUCCUCGUAUUCGUGUCGUUUACAAGUACUGAACACUAAAUUGUUAAAUAAACAUUUGGUCAAAUACGAAUUCUCAUCACACAUUCCUGACUGAUUUUCAACAAAUAAUCUGUGCGUUGGGCUUACCAGAACGCGAGCGACUGUUGCAAUGGGUGUGAAGAUGAGUGACGAAAGGGCAUUUCUCGAUUAUCUAUUAAUUAACGGAAAAAAUGAAAGUAUCUCGAGCAGAAAAGAAGAUUUACAAUUGCCCGUUUGGUACAAUGAGAAGCUCUUCAAAAAAGGCCAGGAGUAUUAUAAGCGGAAUUUAUUUGCCAUGUUCAUGGGUAUGUUGUGUGGUCUGAUCAUGGUAUUGGCGGUGCCGUCCAUUCGUCGAGUAUUGAUUUGUACAAAUAAGUCGUCCACACCACGUACAGCCUACCGUCGAUACAUAAAGACCAUAUUCCAUAUUCUAGAAUGGCACGAAAAUGACUUGAAAGCAAAUUCACGUGCAUGGAAAAGCAUCUGCAUGGUCAACAAGGUGCACGGCGCUGCAAGCCGGCUAAGCCAGAGCUCCAAGUGUGGAAUGAUCACUCAGAAAGACAUGGUUCUCACUCAGUUUGGAUUCAUGGGACUCAUCACUCUGAAAUCAAAACUACUUGGAAUAUCAACUAAUGACGAAUUCCUGCAAUCAACCGUGCACUUUUGGCGUGUGAUUGGUUUUCUAAUGGGCAUUGAAGAUCAAUACAACAUUUGUACAGAUUCGUGGGAGACAACGAAACCUAGGCUGGAAAUCGUUUUGCAUGAAAUUUAUAAACCGUUCUUGACAACAAAUGAUUCAGAAUUUUUAGCACUCACUGACGCCCUUAUUGACGGUCUAUGGAGCUUCAACCCAUUCUUAACUAGCGGCGCAUUUUUAUACUUUACAAAAAGACUAGCUGAAUGCGAUGGGUACGAAUACUUGAAGUCAGAUUAUCCUUGCCCAGAAGUGGCUGAAAAAUCGGAUAAACUCUACAAGACUCUGAGUUGGUACAAUCGAUUUGUACUAUGCUUCCUUAUUAUAAUUCACCAAUACUUGUAUAUUCACACCAUCGGCCGUUUAUACUAUAAUUCACAAAUUGUGCUUUCGAGAUUUCUAAUUUACUACUUUCCAUUUUUAGCUUAUCAUCGCUUUGGUUGGAAAGGAUCAUACGUUAGAAUAUUUAAGAAAGAUCACUGAGAUAAAUUUCAGUAUUUUGCCAAUCAGUCUUAUUUCAGCCAAUCAAAUUAGAACUUUUUGUUGCUGUUAUUGUACAAAAUUAUAGUUAAUUAUUAGCGAGGUAAGUGGGAGGAUAUGAUUUUCUAUUCAUAGAAGUAAAAUAUCUGAAAAUUACUUAGUCAUUUACAAUUUUUCGUAGAAUUUUUUUUUAAAGUUUAACUUAUCCAAAGAAAAAAAUAAAAUGUAUCUAUUGUUUUGUUCAA